CACACAGAGGCAGUCAGUCAGUCAGCAGAUGUAGCGGCGGUAAGUCAUGCAGUUCCCAAUGCAUGACUUACGCACGCGCGGGGAGACAGGCCGGCUAAAAUGCACUGUGAUUUUGUCCUUCGUCGUGACUGGCCUGGCUUUCACUCUGCUUGGCUACGCUAUCGGCCGCUCCCACAACCUUCAGAGCGGGAGAAAAUGUGACACGUGCGUAAAUACAUACCCUUGGAGCAGUGAGAAUGGUAACGUUUCAUCAAACCCUAGUUCUCCUACGCCUCCCUCUCGGAUUGAUACGACACGAGAAACUAGCAGUGGGAGUGGUAACGUUUCAUCAACCCCUCCUCGUCCUCGGCCUCCUCCUCUUUGGAAUGAGACGGUACAAGCAUUAAUUGGUCCCUGCGUGGCUCCCCUGGCACCAGUGUCUCCGCUAUGGCCCUGCCGCGCACCGCACUGUUGGUGGUGGUGCUGCUACGCCCCGCGGCAGCAGACGAGGGGUUCACUGGCAUGCUGCGGGGUGUGUGUGGCGCCCCACCAGAAGCAGGGAGGCCCGUGGAGGCCGUGCAGUGCCCCGCCCCGCCCUGCAACACCACCACGGUCGAGGUCACUCUGGCGCUGCCUGUGCUGCUCAGCCUGCCCAGCGAGGCGUGGGUCGGCAUGACGGCUCAGCUGUACGAUCGCCAGGGUCACGGCCGCGGCCUGCUGGACGUGUGGCUGCAGGACCACCACAACGUCACGCUGCGCGGCGCCACGUGCGACAGUGACGUGCACAGCGACUCUACAGUGAGUCAGGGCACGUGGGUGCACGUGGCCGUGGUACCGCGGGACCACAAUGUGUUCGUCACAGUGACCAACGUGACCCGCGAGGCACGGCUCCUCCUCACCUACCACCACCACCACCACCACCACCUGCCCGCUACGCUCAGAAUGAAAUCGGCCCUGUGUGGAUACUCGGCCCUCCCGCCGCCGCCGCCGCCAAAGCCGCCGCAAAAGCCGCCGCCAAAGCCGACGCCACCACCACCACCACCACCACCACCACCACCACCACCACCACCACCCAAUCAAUGGUGAUGGCCAUCAGCGUCCUUGUAGGCGUGAGUGUGGUGGUGAGUGUGGGCGUGCUGGUGCUGGCUUACUGCGGGCAGCUCGAGGCGGAGGCCCUGCUGGAGAGAGUAUAAGCGUAGGCCGCCCACCUCCCCAGUGUGCCCUUGUGUGUUGGGGGGAGGGAGGACCACUGCACUUGAAUGAGCUGGCUGGCACACACACACACACACACACACACACACACACACACACACACACACACACACACAAGCAGGGAAGGGUCACAAGCAGCGCGUCAGGGAGUCAAGUUGGUGGACAAGCCUUGCCGAUUUAUCACCACUUGUCACACUCACAAUCUUUAGCCUCUAAAUCAAGAUAAGACAACAGCAACACCACCACCACCACCACCACCACCAGUAGCCACAUAGGCAGCAGCAGUACCUUGUGGCGCACCGACGCGAUGCGCGAGUUUCUGUGGCGGUGGGUGUGGUUGCUGUGGGUGUGUCUGGCGGCUGUGGCGGCGGCAGUGUCCGGCAAGGGGCAGUGUGAGGUGCUGGACCUUAGCCUGGAGCCUGCGGUGUACCCGCUGCCCACCAACCUGACGCUGCGUCCCGGAGUGAGUGGCUGGCAGCUUAACUUCACCCUGCUGGAUGGCCAGGCGGCGCCCGUAGCUUGCGUGCGCCUGAAGGAAGUAGGGAUCAAGGUGCAGGUCAUGUUGUAUGACAAGGAUUGCGUGACCAACAAACUGAUACAGUACCACUACCUCGAGCGCUCCCAGGUGCCGCCCCACAACUGGACUAGCCUGGCCCUGCACGUGAAGAACAAAACGGUGGUCAUCACGCCGCCAAACGGCUACACCGUCACUCUGAAUGCCAACACGUCUCCGGUGCACCACGCCUUGCAGGUGAGCCUGGCGCAAAACGUGGAGGUGGCAGUGGGGUGCCGCAUCUCCUGUCCCCUGCACACACACGCCUCACAGGGCGUCAGGAAGAAAGUGCAGGAGUGGCGCCGCGGCAAGUUGCACUUCUCCUUCCUGCCGGGGCCGUCCUUCGACAACCUGCACUACGAGGUGAAUUGCACAACGCAGCACAAGCCCUUCAGCCAAAAGGUGGACAUCAAGCCGGGGCCGGGCUGGAACCAGGUGCAGCUGGAGCAGCAGGAUACCAGGGCCGAGGUGUUCCUCAACAACAGGCUGCUGGAAGAGCUCUUGUUGCCGGACACCUGCAUCGACACCAUACACGUCAUUUGGAUGGUCGGAGACGCCUCCUUCGGUUUCAAAUGCGUGCCCGAGGCGUUGCACCUGCUCGGCGCCGACGCCACAGCCACGCCCGCCCCGCCAAGCAUCUCCACAGGAGCAGCUGUGGGUAUCACGAUAGGAACCUUGCUGCUCGUCGAGGUGCUGGGUUGCGUCUUCAUCGUGCUGGUCAUUUACUGCUACCUCAAGUCACGGACUCGCCCCACACCACACUCAGGCGACCAGGUCACCUACACCAGCGUGGACCAGAGUGAGCCAGUACGCAAUGGCCGAGUGACACCGCCAGACACUCAACCCAGUCAGGCCCCCAUGAGUCCAGGAGUGUCGCCCAGCGAGAAUGACCCGCCGCCAGCCAUACGACUCGCUCAGGACACACAGGCCUUUCAGAACAAAGGAGCGCCGCCCAGCGAGGAGGACCCGCCGAUAUUCACACAGGCAGGUGUCUCAGACACCCUUCACACACCCAUAUCACACAGUCAAGCGCCACAAACAAACACACAUUCCACCGACACGGACGCCCACCAUGAUUCACUGUCACAGACUGAGGAUGCGUCACAAACCUUGAAGCGCACCGCUGCGUCACAACCCAGCACACGCACCAUUGGCACCAACACUAACAACAUCCAGUCACGGUCAGAGAAGGCGUCACAGACUGCCCCUCACAUAUACCCAUGGAACUCAGACCCAGAAUCAUACAAGGCAAGCUAGCCAAACACCACACGUGGAGUCCUGACAUGAGACUGCCUCUACCUCAUUCUCUCAAUUUCUCUGACGGGUUAGUCGGCAAGCGGGCCAGUGACGGGGACCAGCAUAAAGAAAUUAUUCUACAGCCGCACAGACCGCAACACUUCAUGUUCCCGAGGAUGUGUGUGAGGAGGAGUAGUCUCACAGAGUCAGAAGAGAAGAAAGUUGCCAGUCCCGAGGAGAUCUGCUUGCUGGGUCCCGAGACGGAGGACAUGAACUUGUGCCCCGGAAAACAAAAUAUGGUCGAAGAUUUCCCAAUAGAAGUGAUACAGCAGUAAUAACUUUGAUCUUGGUCAUUCUCUUUGUUUUCAUCUUUCUCAAAAUGUUCAUAAAAUUCUCUCUCUCUCUCUCUCUCUCUCUCUCUCUCUCUCUCUCUCUCUCUCUCUCUUUCUCUCUGGUGAUUCAGUACAUAAUGAAUGAACAGGAAAAUAUUUACUGAAUUAUAUCAAUGUUAUGUUUAUGAGAUGGUCAGAUGGUGUAUGUGUGUGUGUGUGUGUGUGUGUGUGUGUGUGUGUGUGUGUGUGUGUGUGUGUUACUUAUCUAUUGAGAUGCCGUUGUUUAAAUAAAGCAUUCUGAUUACA